AUGGCUGAAAAUAAGUCUGUGGUUGUCACUGAUAUAGUUCCUAUUAAUUAUAAAAUCACGGAUUGUAAACUUAAUGACUCUAAUUACUUGGAAUGGAUUCGUGUCAUUAAACUUUAUCUUACUAGUUUGGAUAAGAGUGACUACCUAUCCAAACCUUUGGCUGACCAAGAUGCUACUUGGGUACGAGAUGAUGCACGUUUGUUCCUGCAAAUCCGUAAUUCCAUUGAUGAGGGUAUUGUUGGGUUCAUUAGUCAUUGUACCUCUGUUAAGGAGUUGAUGGAGUAUUUGGAAUACUUAUACGCUGGGAAGGGGAAUAUCACUCGUGUUUAUGAUGUUUGUCUCCCUUCUGAGUUUGACACAGCGAGGUCUGCAAUUCUUAGUAGCUCUGCAAUCCCUUCUCUUGCUAAUGUUUUCCCACGUCUAAGUCGAUCAGUGCAAUCACAACCAAGUAUGCCUGAGGCUACCAUCCCAUCAAACAAUGCUCUCGUUGGCUGUCAUCCUCGCAGUGGGAAUGGGAAAAAUUCCCAGGGAUACACUUCUGGUGGUAUUGUGUAUCAUUAUUUCCAUAAGCCUAGCCACAUAAAAAGGGACUGUAGGAGAUGGUUGAGGGAGCGAGGAAAUCCGAUUGCUAAUGCUGCAUCCACAAUUGAGGCGUCUUCCAAGAUGAUCACUUUAUCUGCUGACGAGUUUGCCAAGUUCUCUCAGUAUCAAGAAUCUUUAAAGCGUUCAUCCUCUUCAGUCACUGCUGUUGCUGACUCAGGUAAUGCAACUACGUGCCUUCUCUCAUCCUCCUCUAAGUGGGUUAUAGACUUGGGUGCCAUGGAUCAUAUGACAGGUAACUCUAGUAUAUUUUCCAUGCUUUCUUCUCGCCCACAUAGUUCCCCCGUCACCUUAGCAGAUGGUUCUACCUCCCAUGUUCUUGGGUCCGGUACCAUUACGUCCAUCCCUUCGCUCCCCUUGUCUUCUGAUCUUUUGACGAAGAGGGUUAUUGGUAAGGGGCGCGAGUCUGGGGGCCUCUACAUUCUUGACACCACGAGGUGGGAGCCUAUUGCUUGUUCGAGUGUUGUCACUCUAGUAGAAGCUCAUUGUCGUUUGGGGCAUCCUUUCCUACCCUUGUUGAAGAAAUUGUGUCCGCAGUUUUCAAGUUUGUCUUCUUUACAUUUGUUUUGUGGAUUCUGCGUUGAAAUUCAGACUCAAUUUGGUGUUCCUGUCAAAAUUUUACGUAGUGACAAUGCUAAAGAAUAUUUUUCGUUCCCUUUUGUCUCUUAUAUGCGGGUCCCCAAGCAGUUUUGGGCUGAUGCCGUUUCCACAUACUGUUUCUUGAUCAAUCGGAUACCCUCUGCGGUCUUGGGUGGGAAAACACCUUUCCACACUUUGUUUCCUUCAAAGCCUUUGUUCCAUGUUGACCCGUGGUAUAGGUGUUACUUUCCUGAGCUUGGAAGGUAUCUUGUUUCCAUUGAUGUUGCCUUUCAUGUGGACGUCCCUUUCUUUCCUUCACCCCCAUAUGCUGUUCGUAAGGGAGAGGAGGAUGAUAUAUUGAUGUAUGCGGUCACGGCGUAUAUUCCUUCCUCUAUUCCUUCCCCUGUUCCUACCCCUCCUGUCUUACAUGUGUAUUCUCGUCGACCUCGGCCUGACACACUCGUACCGGCACCGCCUCCCGCUCCCCUUCCAGAUUCGGUACCAACUCCAUGCCCUGAAACCACCUCUGUGUCAUCUAAUCCAGUCUUAGUUGAUGAACGUCCGAUUGCUACCCGGAAAGGUAAACGUAGUUGUAGUUGUACUUAUCCUAUAUCCUCUAUUGCAUCAUAUGAUAGGCUGUCACCUGCAUCGUGUUCUUUCAUUGCUUCCCUUAAUUCUAUUUCCAUUCCUAAGACUGUUAGGGACGCCUUGUCCCAUCCUGGGUGGCGAAAUGCCAUGAUUGAGGAGAUGAACGCUUUGGAUCACAACGGUACUUGGGAGUUGGUCACUAUGCCUGCAGGUAAAAGACCUAUUGGUUGUAAAUGGGUGUUUACUGUCAAACUUACUUCUGUCAGGUUACUCAUCUCAAUGGCUGCCAUUCAUGAUUGGCCUUUGCAUCAGCUUGGUAUCAAGAACGCCUUUUUGCAUGGGGAUCUUCAUGAAGAGGUGUACAUGGAGCAGCCUCCUGGGUUUGUUGCUCAGGGGGAGUCUGGGAAAGUAUGUCGUCUUCGGCGAUCGUUGUAUGGGCUGAAACAAAGUCCACGUGCAUGGUUUGAAAAAUUUAGUCAAGUUGUUGAAAAUUUUGGGAUGGUGAAAGGCAAAUCGGAUCAUUCCAUGUUCUACAAGUGGUCCAAAACAGGUAUCAUCUGGUUGGUGGUUUAUGUAGAUGACAUUGUCAUUACAGGGAACGACACCGAAGGGAUUUUGUCUCUCAAGUGA